AUGUACGGAACGUACCAGCAGCAGCAGCAGCACCAUGGCCGGCUAUCGGAGGAAGAGGUACUGCAGGGCAUGCUGAGACAGCGGCACUGGUACGCCAAGCAGGAUCCUCACCAUGGAUACCAUCACUCGUUCCGGAGUAAAACUGGCUGGGAGCUGGUCCGGUUGUCACUGCUGAUCGUUGGCAUCGAGUGUACGUACGCGACGGAGACGGCCCUGGUCGCACCGAUCCUCCUCUCGAUCGGACUACCGCACACGGUGAUGACGAUGAUCUGGGCGACACCGUCGAUCGCUGGACUGCUGUUCGCACCCGUCAUCGCCUCCAUCAGCGAUCGGUUACGGUCACGCUGGGGACGCCGGAAACCGGUGCUCCUCGUACUCGGUGCAUCGAUGCUGACCGGGAUGCUCAUCUUACCGCAUGGCCGAGCAGUUGGGCGACUGCUCGGUAUUACCGGUGUCGAGUGGCUAGCCCUGAUCACGACCGUCGGUCUGGUGAUGUGUGACUUCUCGGCCGAAACCAGUAACGGGCUGUGCCGUACGUACGCGAUGGAAGUCUGCACGAUCCGUGAUCAGACGCGUGUGCUCAGUGUGAUGGUGUUGACCGGGGGGGUUGGUGCCACGAUGGGAGCCCUGUUCGGUGCGAUCGAUUGGAAUCGGCUCGGUGUGGGCUCGUACCUCGGUGGAAGCAGUGCGUCCGUGUUUGCGGCCAAUUGGAUCGUGCUGUUCGUUGGGUUGGUGGUGACGUUGAGUAGCUUUGCGGAGAUCCCGCUACCGGUGCAGGAAACCGAUCCUCUGUUGCGGCCCGUGACGCAGAAGAUGCUGUUGGAUGAGGUGAGACGGUUGAACGCGAAAGAUCCACUGUCGCUGAGUGAGCUGGAUUCGAGGGAGCUUCAGCUGGAACCGGCGGGUGGCUUUCGGCAGUUUCUAUGGAACCUGGUGCACAUGCCACGGUCGAUGAAGAUUCUGUGCCUUACGCAGCUACUCAGUCACAUGAGCUACUUAACCUACUGUUUGUAUUAUACCGAUUUUGUCGCAUCGACCGUUUACGAGGGAGAUGUACGAGCUGCCGAUGGAUCACCCGCAUCGAAUCGGUACGCGGAUGGGAUACGGUUCGCCUGCCUCGGGAUGGCCUUGUGUUCGUUCACCUCUUCGAUUUACUCGACGUUUAUUGAGCGGUUCAUCGAAAGGUUCGGUGCUCGGCCAGUUUACGUGUUUGGGUUACUGGCGCACAGUUGCGGUAUGCUGGCGAUGGGACUGUUUCCCCAGAAGGUGGUCGUGUUCCUGUGUUGCGCCUUGACGGGGGUCAUGUACGCCACCAUCUACUCGAUCCCGUUCCUACUGAUCUCGCACUAUCAUUCGAAGAAUUGUUUUAGCGAGGUGGAUGGACGGUAUGUGGAAAGUAUUGAGAAGCGUGGCUUUGGGGUGGAUGUCUCGAUGAUGAGCAGUAUGUUGUGCCUGGCACAGUUGGUGGUGUCCUUGUCGAUGGGUGCAGUCGUCGAUGCUGUUGGAUCACCGUUGAUUAUCACGUUCAUCUCCUGUGGAUUCAUGAUAUUUGCAUCGGUAGCGGCGUCAGCAGUACUGUACAUGGGACUGUAAGGGAAGACAAUGCUCGCAGGAAACACAGUUCA